AUGUCCUCAGACCGCCGUCACCCAGCGUCCCUCCUCCCAAGGUCACUUCAUAAUCCAUACCUUGUAGAACUUAUGCGUAGGCCUGUCUCAAUGGAGAUGAUCUCCUAUAUCGCCCAUCAGGCGUCGCGAGCCAUCAUGAUCAACGAGCAACUCCCUGAUCCCAGUGCCCUCCCAACACCCCCUACGACGCCAAUCAAGGCCCCCUUCUCUGAGACACAGGAUAUCGCCCCUCCCGCCCCAGUGGCGCCGAAACUGCCGAGUCUUGUGAGCUUCAUCAUUCGCUUGGUGAACAGGUCGAACGUUCAGGUGCCCACGCUACUCACCACCCUCAUUUACUUGCACCGUGUGCGUGUCAAGGUGCCUGCCAUGACCAAGGGUCGGUCAUGUACCCGGCACCGUGUCUUCCUGGCGACGCUGAUCGUGGCAGCCAAGUACCUCAACGACUCAUCUCCCAAAAACACACAUUGGGCAGCAUACGCUGAACACUUUGACCUCCCAGAGGUGAACCUCAUGGAGGAACAGCUUCUCUAUAUACUGGGAUACGACCUCCGCUUUGACGAGCAUGAAGCGUGCAUCCACUUUGCGCCUUUCAUCCCCACGCGCAUCAUCUGCCCGCUCACUCCGCAGCAGCAGGAAACCCGUGCAGCGGCGGUCGAGCGAGUUUCCAAAGCAGGGAAAGCCCGCGCACAGGCACAGCUACCAACUCCACCUAGCGAAGUUCUUCCUCCACCUCCUAUUGGGUCCUCUAUUGUGUCUACAGUCCGCGGGAUUGCAAGGCGUCUCUCGAGCAGCCGUCUUGGAGGUAACCAGAGCCGUUCUUCUUGCAUUGUAUCACCGAUAUCGAGUGUGCAUAGCUGCGAUAGCUCGAAUGCAACUGAUUCCGAGAUGGAGUCGUUAAUAGAGGACUCUGGGUCUUCGUCUGAUUCGGCUAGUAGCGUCUCCGACGAUGAGCAAGAGGAGAAGUCAAGCAUCGUAAGGAAACCGUUUGUCUUGGGUGGUAUCCCGCCUCAGGCGCACAGAGAAGGGCGAAAGGUAUCCGAAGCAGGCUCAGUCCGAUCUAUAGCGACCGUCCGAGCAAGCGACUCUCCUUCUCCCCCAAAACCCGCCCGCGCCUUUGGAUAUAUCCACGAUCAGAGUCGUCAACCGUUCUACCGUUCCCGGUAA